CGAGGCUCCGUCUAUGGCCAGCAUGCGCGCCGCCGUGUGCGCGCCGCCGCCGCCCGCUCAGUCGACACAGUAAACGGGUGUCGGCGCGAGCGUCGACUCCGCCGUGAAUGGACCUCAAUGGGAAUGUAAUAUUCUCCCGUCGCUGCCCGGUUUUGCCCGUGUCAUAUCAUCUGUGCAAACGGAGGCCGGGGUAAGUUCGUUUCCUGCAGGUUGUGCGUUGUGUGUUAGGAGAUUUGUGCGGGCUGGCAACGUUUCUGAGAGCAAGCACCGAAACUGAUAAGUACUUUCUAGACGGGCGGACGGGCGCUUGAUGUCGGUGUGCGCACGUGAGAUUUAAUUGAUAAUAUCAUCAUAUAAUUGUCGGGGUCCGGGCUUGUGAAUAACAACGGUGUCUGUGCGCGUCCCUGGAGCUAAACAGACAGCUUUGCUUCCACCUUUGUGCUGAGCAGAACUAUGUCCAUGCACAUAAUCAGAUAAAGUCAGGAUUGAAUAAUCCUAAAUAACAUAAUGCAUCUACAGUUAUCCUAAUCUUUACAAAUUCUUAAAUUUAUCAUAAUUUAUCUAUAGAGUUGGAGCAGUUGUUUCAUUCCCUCCCAAAAUCUAAGGUAACGACUAUUGUGCAUUUUAAUGAUUGGGUGUUUUUAAUAAUGCAUGACAGAAAACAGACAGGCAAACAAAGCAUAUGUGCUGCUGUUGGAGAGUGAUUUGUACUGAAUGACCAGAGUCUGGAUCUGAGCCAUGCUCCUGCACCGAUGAGGAGAUCCCACUUCUUCUGUGGGGUCAAUCUGAAAGUCGAGGCUCUCUGAGGCUGUCGAUGCUGCACACGGGCUCCUGGAUGGUCGGGGUCUCCACAUACUGUCUGAACUUCACCUUGGGAGCAGGUUUCAUUGUUCUACCAGGCAGCAUCCGGUGGUCUCCAGGGAUCUGCCGGAAUUCCGCCGGGAGCGUGUGCUCUAUUGGCCCGUCCCACGGAAGAGCCAAGAGGCAUCGCUGUUUCACGCGUGACAGAGAAGGACGGAGGUGAGGCGAGGAAGAGGAGCAGGGAGCUUUACGUGCGUUUGCGUGGUAGCGUCUGUGCAGGAUCGCCGCCGGUGUUUAUAAGGAGCCGAUGAGCGACAGUGGGGGAAUCACGUAGGUGUUGAUGAGUGACAGAGGUGAUGUGAUGGCAGAGCUGGCAGGCAGGACAGAUCAGAGCAGGCUGUCUGCUGCAGACUGAACCAACUUGAUGUAACACAUUAGAGCCUGGACAGAAUGGAUUUCCCAAAUUGCACUGAAGGGGUGUUUGAUGCAAGCAACGGCAGUUAUGACUCACUGGAGACCAGUAAACUCCCUCCCAGCAAAAUCCUCCUCUCGCUGACCCUGUCUGUAGUGGCUAUCCUCACCACGUUCUUCAACUGCCUGGUGAUCACGGCCAUCGCCGUCACCCGCAAGUUGCACCACCCGGCCAACUACCUCAUCUGCUCGUUAGCGGUGACCGACCUGCUGGUGGCGGUGCUGGUCAUGCCCUUCAGCAUCAUCUACAUCCAGCAAGAGAGCUGGGCCAUGGGUCAGGUGGUGUGCACCAUCUGGUUGAGCGUGGACAUCACCUGCUGCACGUGCUCCAUCCUGCACCUGGCGGCGAUCGCCAUCGACCGCUACAGGGCCAUCACCGAUGCGGUGGAGUACUCGCGCAAGCGCACGGGCGCCCGGGCCGGCGCGAUGGUCGCGGUGGUGUGGCUCCUGUCCAUCCUCAUCUCGCUUCCCCCUCUGCUGUGGCGGCAUUACAGCGAGGAUUCUGAGCAGCAAGACCAGUGCAUCAUCGUGCACCAUCACAUGGCCUUCACCCUGUACUCCACCCUCGGGGCGUUUUACAUCCCCCUGCUGCUCAUCCUCAUCCUCUACUAUAAAAUCUACCGCGCCGCUCAGACCCUCUACAUGCGCAGGGAGGCCAGCCGCGCCAGCCGGCACUCGUGCAUGACCAACGGCAGCAUGAUCCCGUCGUCGUACCCGGCUGGAGAUGGCGACCUGGAUGGGGGGCCUCGGAGUCCGGAGCCCAUAAGCCCGGCGGAGAAGUCUAUCUCGGAGCCCUCGACCGAAGAGCCGCCGCGUGAGCGGAUGCGCGUGUCCAAGAAGGCCUUCCAAUGCAAAUCGCUGCGGCACGAGUCCCGCAGCGAGUCGCGCCGGAGCCACUUCUACCAGGGGCCGCGCAUCUCGGGCUCGCGGGAGCGCAGAGCGGCCUCCACCCUGGGCUUGAUAAUAGGGGCGUUUGUCAUCUGUUGGCUGCCGUUUUUUGUAAAAGAGGUCAUCGUCAACACCUGUAGCUCCUGCAGCACCUCAGUGGAGAUGGCGGACUUCCUGACGUGGUUGGGCUACCUCAACUCGCUGAUCAACCCCCUCAUCUACACCAUCUUUAACGAAGACUUCAAAAAAGCUUUCCAAAGACUUGUUAGGUGCAGUCAUUACCUCUGAUAAAUACACUUAUGUAUGAUCAUACCCAUACAACAUCCAGCAUACACGUAUUGUACAACUGGGAGACGACGAACGAAUAGCUGAGACUGACUGGAUACUGCCUCAGCGUUCGUGGGAGAGAAAAAUCUCAAAGGGGGAAAGGCUUGACACCCAUUUCCACACACUCCAUCGGGCACUUCAGCAGCCGGGGCGGCACCGGCUCAGGAAUGAGCUUUCCAGCAAAGUUCCACAUUGAAGUCCAAGCCUCGCUAUGAAUAGACCAGCCUGAACCCUCCUUGAUGUUAAUUGGCGCGUGUGAAGGGACUCUGACGUGUUGGUUUUUAGAAAAUGGGCCAUCGCUGACCUUUUUGAGGUCUGGGUUUUGAGCAUUAGCGAUCAGCCCCAUUUAAGGGUCUUGAAAUAGCUGGCCAUUAUGCCUGUUUCAUCUAAUGACCUCCCUUCCAUCUAGUCCAGGCUGCUGGCUGAAAUACAGAGCAUGUGUAAAAUACCACAGCAUACCAAUACGUGACUCUCUGUGGCCAUUACGUUAUGAACUGUGACUUUUACCUGAUUGACUGUGCACAGCCAUGCACAGCAUUACGACAAUUUCCAACUAAACUUGUUGAUUGUUCCACCUCCUAGCUACAGUAACGACGCUUGUAAUUUGCUUGACCACCUAAGGAUGGGAAGUUACAACCUGUCAUUCAUCAACCGUAAACUUGGGAAGUCUAAAGAGGAAGAACAGCUACUACUGUAUUGCAGUUAGUGUGAACAAGAAAGACCUUCUGGAGAUGGGUCGAGAUGCAGUAUUACAGGUUCUGUGCCAGUUUAACAGAUGCAUUUGCACACGUUUUCCUGUUCCUUUGGUUCUCAUUAUUAAUUCUUAACAUUAUUUAUACUUUUAUUUACUGCAUAUCACGCCCACACCAUAGCCAGCAUUAGGUUAAUGAAUGUAAUGAAUGUGAAAUCCACCAGUUGAGAAAUCCUCAUUAGAUUACUCCCACAGAAAUACUUGGAAUAGAAGUACUAUUUAUUUACUGCCUCCAAGGGGGCACAUGCUAUGUUGCUGGAAAUACUGCAGAUGAGUCAAGUGUGAGGGUGUACUGUAUGCCAACGAGGUAACGCAAGGUAUGUCAUAUAUUUACACACAUUUCUGACAGUAUGACCGCUAUUUGUAUACGGUUUCUUUCUUUGUCCUACUCCUAUGCCUCUGUGUUCAAAAAUAAGCAGUCCACAGCUGAAUCAUGGUCCCCCCUCUUUCUGUCUGAGUGCAGGAAGAUUACAGUAAUAUGUGUAGCUAUGGAGAGAGUCUUGUAGGAGGAAUAUGAAGGAUGAAAAUUCGUGGAUAAUCUGUAUGUGUUAAUGAAUGAUGAUGAUUGCAGUCCCAUAUUUCAGUUUGUUGACCUUCUGCUUCUAAAUGUGGACAGGUUUUGCCUAUUCUGGUAUGACACCACCCCCUUGUGGCCAAUAGAAAAUCUGCACAUAUUCACAACCCCAUGAAAUGGAAAAUAUUGUUUGUCUGACCUCAGAUGUCUAACAAAUAAAAUUGAUAUAAAAUAACA